AUGGUGGAUCGGAUCGGCCCCGUAGGCGACAGGGACGCGGCUACGGACACCGCGUUUGGCAGAGGGGGACGGACGGCAGAAACACUUGCGCCCACAGCGGCCGGUGAUGAAAACGCGCUCGGAAUACAAAUGAGCCGCGGCGACAAUGCGUUGGAAUCCAGAGACGGCCAACAACCCCACAGGCGGUCUGCCGUGUCGGUAUCUCCAGGCUUCAGCCGCCUUAAUUGCGCUCCGAUUAAGAGCGAUUACUGCUCCGAACGACAAAAACCCCUCCGGUCGGGCCCCAGCCGAACUGUC